AUGAAAGAAUACCAAAAAAGUGGCAUUGCGCUGCCAACUAGCAUUAACACAAUGGAUCGCACUGAGAUUCUGAAUAUUGUCAGAUCGUUAUCAUGGACAGACCUGAUGAUGCCUUUUACUAUUGUUAUGUCCAUGGUUAUAGCAGUAAUAAUUUCCGUCUACGUGCCCGCUUCCCGUCACACUUUUGAUGCCGAGGGCCAUCCCAAUCUGCUAGGAGUAUCCGUUCCUCUGACUGUUGGCAUGAUCGCGAUGAUGAUUCCUCCAAUUUGUAAGGUUUCCUGGGAAUCCAUUCACAAUUAUUUGAAGAAUGAAUAUGUGAAGAAGCAGUUAGUAGUUUCCUUGUUUUUAAAUUGGGUUGUUGGUCCUUUAUUGAUGACAGCACUGGCUUGGAUGGCACUUUUCAAUUAUAAGGAAUACCGUCAGGGCAUCAUUAUGAUUGGAAUUGCUAGAUGUAUUGCCAUGGUUUUGACUUGGAAUCAAAUCGCAGGUGGAGAUAAUGAUCUUUGCGUUGUGCUUGUUGUUAUGAACUCAUUUCUUCAAAUGAUAUUCUACGCACCAUUGCAAAUAGUCUACUGCUAUUUGAUUUCGAAUGAUCAUCUUGAUGCUUCAAUAAGAGCAAUGUUUGAAGAGGUUGCAAAAUCUGUUGGUGUUUUUCUUGGUAUACCUCUAGGAAUUGGAAUUAGUUUACGCAUGGUGAGCAUUGCUAUGGUCGGUAAAAGUAACUAUGACAAAUACAUCUUGAAAUUUAUUUCUCCAUGGUCAGUUAUUGGGUUCCAUUACACUUUAUUUGUUAUUUUUAUUAGUAGAGGUUAUCAAUUCAUCCAUGAAAUAGGCUCUGCAAUACUGUGUUUUGUUCCGUUGGUCCUUUAUUUCUUUACUGCAUGGUUUUCGACUUUUGCAUUGAUGAGGUAUUUAUCGGUUUCCAAGAAUAAUAUUCAAGGAGAAUGUUAUUGUGACAAAGAAUUAGUUUUAAAGCGAGCUUGGGGAAAACGCUCUUGUAAUGCUAGCUUUCCUGUUACGAUGACACAAUGCUUUACCAUGGCUUCAAAUAAUUUUGAAUUAUCCUUAGCGGUUGCUAUUUCAUUGUACGGCAAUAGUAGUAAGCAAUCAAUAGCCGCAACAUUUGGACCACUGUUGGAAGUCCCAAUUCUACUAAUAUUGGCAAUAGUCGCAAGAAUUCUUAAGCCAUUUUUUUUUUGGAAAAAUGAAAGCUAG